AUGUUUUUAAAAAAUCAUAAUUUUAAAUAUUUCAAAUCAUGCUAUUUAGUGGAGAAGAUUGGAAAAAAUUUGCAACUUUCCAUAUCAUUUAGAGAUGAUUUACCUUCAGAAAAAUUCUAUAACACUUUAGAUGAAUUAAAGGAUAUAACUAAAUACAAGGAACACUGUGCAUCGUUAACUUCUAUUAAAGCUGAAUCCGCUGUUAAAAACGUUUGUGCAAAGAUUUUAAAAUAUUUAAGUAGUAAUGAAAACUUAAUGAAUUAUUCCAAUGCCUAUGAUAUAUGCCGACUUUUAAAUUAUUGGUUAGCCAAUAAAUUGAGUGUCAUUGUGGGUCAUCAGGGUAAAAAUUAUGUAUGGACUAUUUUUGCAAAAAUUACCAACAUAUGGAACGAUUUUAUUGAAGAUACAUUGAAGAAAUCUUAUACUGAAACAUGUUUUCCUCUUAUGAAUGAAAUUCUUCCUGAGGAUUGGAAAAAGAGGAAGGAACUAUAUGAAUACUAUGUUGAUUAUGAUACACUUAAAAACAUGUUUUCAUACAAAAUAAAUGAUAAGGAUUACUGUACACUCAUUAAAAACAAAGUUUUAUUAUAUAAAUAUUUUAAAAAUUUUUGUAAUUCAUACGAAACAGAAUUCUGUAAUGAAUUUAAAGCUAAAUAUGAAGCGUGUAAUCCAAAUGAACUUUUACAGAAAUUUAAAUGUAAAAAUGAAUUGGCGGAAAUGAUGUUAUUAGAAGAAAAGUCAGAAAGAGAAUUACACCAGGGCAUAUUAUCUGAAACACACAUUCUUGAAAAUGAAUCGCGUUAUCCUGGAUUAUUUACAAAAGGAAAGCAAAAUCUAAACGUCAUACAGAAAAUAUCUAAUAGUUUUAGUCCUCUAAAAAAGUCAGGAGCUGCAAUAUUGGGAGUCCUUGCUAUAUCCAUGAUUUAUGGAUUAUUAUAUAAAGUAAAUAGAAGGUUCAUUAAUUUACAUAAACGGUAUAUAUUUUUUACGCCCCUAGGAAGUUGGAUCCGUAAAAGAUUUGCUAAAAAUAAUUAUAAUAGAAUUAAUAUAAAUUCUGAGUUUAAUGGAGAAUUUAAUUAUGCACAAGAAUUAUAUAAUAUACAUUAUAACCCAAGAGAUGAACAUUAUAUAGGAUAUCAUUCCGAAUAA